UCAAUAGUGUUGGAUGCUGGGAUCAUUCGAGAGGAAUCGAGGAAUAACCAGAGUCGGUCCUUUAAGCUUUGCUCUUGCCACGUAGGCUUUUGUUUUUGUCUCUCUUUUAACCUUGCCUUUCUGUUUGCCAAAACGUGUAGUCCGACGAUCCUCCCAACUUCUCCAGCCAUCUAGAGGAGACACCUAGCCACAAAAGCCAGAUGAGCCAGUUAUGCAGCGGCACGCAAGCCAAUUUAGGGACUAUUUAGGAUCUUAGGUCGACCACAUCACACUAUCUGAGUAUCCGAACGCGUGUCAAUUUCCCUCUUUUUUCUGGAAGGAGCUAGUUCGUCAUCGUCAGUCAGUGUUCCUUCACCCCUUUGCCCUUUCUCUGCACUGCAAGUGAUAUUCAAUUUAUUCAUUCUUGCACGCACCCCGUUUCCAGCAACAACGAGGAGAAGAAAAAAUGCAAUCGAGAUUGUUAGCUGCAACAAACAGGGCACUGUGCGCCGUUUCUUCCUCAUUCUCAGCAGGGUGGAUCCGUGCCGCAAGCUCAACGGCUCGGACUGCCGAUCCUGCCAUUCACGCAGAAAAUCCUGAAGGAAUGGAUGCAAAAGAAGCCGUAAAAGCUGGUAUCGUUCAAGAUGAACAACAAGAACGAGAGAAGCACGAGAAGGGAAAGGAAGGAAGCAACCCAUUUUCCUCUGCCACACCACCGUAUGCGUCGUCUACGAAGUUGGAGAGUAGGGAGUUGAACCAGUCCAUGGACUCUUCGACACAACAGAAGCGGCGCCACUGCCACAAGGCCAACGGGGUUGCAGUAGCCACAGCCAUCGAAGUCGAAAACAUCAGCUGCGCGGGUUUGGACGGCUCCCCUUUGCCGAUGACGAUGGAUGAAGUUGAGCGGAGAGAAACACAGCAAGAUGACAAAGCGUAUUUCAAGGAUCGCAAACCAUCCCCUUUGUCGGAGGUUGAGUACGCUGAUACUAGGAAGCCUAUCACACGGGCCACAGACAGCAGCGUUAGCGCCAGAGAAUAUGGUGGCGGUGGAGAUGUAAUUGGGUGGAAGCCGGAGCAACUGGAUACAGCCGAAGAGACUCUGAGGAGAGCCGCUGAAAUUUGGAGAGAAUCGGCCAUGAGAGGGGAUCCAGACUCCCCGCAGUCGAGGGUUUUAAGAGCAUUACGUGGUGAGUUGAGUUGAGUUUGUGAGUCGGUCCUUUUAGGUAUAUUGACUCGAGAGGUUGUAAAUAGAUAGGCUGAGUUUAGCUCACUUUGUUUUGUACUUUGUAAUGCAAAUUUCAUUUGUAUUGAUAUAAGUGUAAAUUAGAUAGGCUGAGUUUAAAUUUAGGAUUACUUUCA